AUGAGCGGUGUGAGGUGUGGUCUAUGUGGCUGGUACGAGGCUGGUAAGUGUUAUGUUGUACGUAUUAACCUAGGCCUUCAACACUCUCAUGGUGUUGGAGUGGCCGAUACCUCUGGUGUGACCCUGGAUACAGACAAUGGUGUCGCCUCUAGAAAGGAUUCCAAGAUCAACAGCGUGCUGGAUACCGAACUGGAGUCUGUUCUCAAUGUCCUGGAUCCAGUUCUCCUCGCGUUGUUGUCCAUACACGAAUGGAUACACGCCUCUGUACAGGUGGCAGUAUCUGGCAGAGUUAGGGUUUCGGGUGACCAUGAUGAUCGGACAGUUUGGUCUGUACUUGGAGCAAAGUCUAGCGGUGGUUCCGGAGGUGGAGAGCACAAUGAUAGCCUUGGCGUCCUGGUCAAACACAGAGGAGGCAGCAGCAAUGGCAAUGGUCUCUGGAGUAGAGCAUGGCUUGGCGGUGAGGUCUCUCAACUCGGUGAACGUGGUGUAGUAUGGAAGAGCUUUCUCGGCGAUCAAACACGUGUGGUGCAUCAUGGAAACGGCUUCCAAUGGGUAGUUACCCUUUGCUGUCUCCCCAGACAACAUGACACAGUCAGCACCGUCCAAAAUGGCGUUACCAACGUCAGAAACCUCGGCUCUUGUUGGUCUUGGGUUGUAAGUCAUCGACUCCAACAUUUGGGUGGCACAGAUAACAGGCUUUCCAGCAAGGUUGCACUUGGCAAUCAUCUGUUUUUGCACCACAAACACCUGAGGAGCAGGAAUCUCGAUACCCAAAUCUCCUCUAGCAACCAUAACUCCGUCGGUCUCCGCGAGAAUCUCGUCAAAGUUGUUCACACCUUGUUGGUUCUCGAUCUUGGAGAUGAUUUGGAUGUCCUUACCUUCCUCGCCCAAGACCUUUCUAAUCUCCAAAACGUCGUUGGCAGAACGGAUGAACGAAGCAAACACCAUGUGGACCUUAUUCUUGACACCGAAUCUCAGGUCGUCCUUGUCCUUCUCGGACAAAGCAGGCAAGUCCACGUCGGUGUUUGGCAAGUUCACACCCUUGUGGGAACUGAUCUUACCGGCGUUGAUGGAAACAACCUUCAAAGUGGUGUCAUCAACAACCUCCAGAACCUCAAACGACAAAACACCAUCGUCAACAUAAAUAAUCUUACCGGCCUCGAUGACCUUGGUGAUGUUCUUGUAGUCGAUGAACAUCAACUUGUCAUCACAGGCGUUCUUGUACUUGAUGUCUGUGGUGAAAAUCAUCUCGUGGUUAGGACCAAUUGGCCAGUCCUUGUCGUCCACAGUACUUCCGGUUCUGAUUUCAGGUCCCUUGGUGUCCAGAGCAAUAGCAAGAGGUCUACCUGGAUAAAGCUCCUCGGACUUUCUGGCAUUAUCAAUCACAGACUGGUGGUAUUCGUAGGUACCGUGAGAGAAGUUCAUUCUCACAAUGUUGAGUCCGGCCUUUCUAAGCUUAACAAGAACCUCUGCAUCGUUGGUCUUUGGACCAAUGGUACCGAUAAUAGAGGACCGUCUAUAAGUUUUAAUAGGAGUUGA